AUGAGGAAACAGAGGAAAAACGGAAAAGGAAAAUUAGAAAACGGAGGAACAGGUCAACAGUUUAAGAAGAGUGAGUCAGCAGACCACCGGAAACUAAUGAACAGUUAUACGACUCCCGUGGAAGACGUUUGUGCCAUUCUGUCCAUCUUCUUCCAUCUUAAUGUUCAUCUGCGCAAUGCCAACAGAAUUCGAGACGUUCAUGUACAUGAAGUGAACUGUGUGAUGUGUGAACUGAUCAGUCAAAAUGGCAAUACGCGGGAAGAUCGGAAGCAACAGGAUUGUGUCAGGACAAGCGAUGAGGAGUUCGUUGACGAGUGGUGUGGAAUGUUAGAACUUCUUCUCUGUGAGUGA